UUCCGGCGUCGGGCCGCCUUCCCCGCCGCCUCCUUGGCCUGGAUGCUGCGGCUCGGCUCCGGGGUGAGGGAGCUGGGGACAGGACUCGGUGCUCGGGCUGCUGCCCGGCUCCCUCUGGGCACCGAGAUGCCUAAGAAAGCUGGUGCAAUGAACAAGGGUAAAAGCCAGAGCAAGGAAGCAGAGAGACCAGUUCCUCCUCCCUCAGGUCCUGUGGCAGUUGAUUCCAAAGGUUGCGUCACCAUAGCCAUCCAUGCCAAACCUGGUUCCAAACAAAAUGCUGUGACAGAUUUGACAGCCGAGGCUGUGAGUGUAGCUAUUGCAGCACCUCCGACAGAAGGAGAGGCUAACGCUGAGCUUUGUUGGUAUCUUUCCAAAGUCUUAGAACUCAGGAAGAGUGAUGUGGUUUUGGAUAAGGGUGGUAAAUCUCGUGAAAAAGUGGUGAAGCUUUUGGCCUCCACAACUCCGGAAGAGAUCUUGGAGAAACUGAAAAAGCAAGUUGAAAAAAAAUAAAAGCAAGAAAUGAAAAGUACACCCUUGAGAAACUUUUUUAUUGCUAAUGAUGAAAAGCCUGUUAAAAAGGAAAAUAUAUUUAAAGACACAGAAUGUGGAAAUACACAUAUAUUUAAUAAGAACAGGACACAAAAAAGAAGUAUGAAGAUUGAAAGUACUGUAUGUUGAAUUUAGGUUCUAAAAUCCCUGAUCCCAAACAGCUUGGGACAUGUUACUCUGAUUUCAUGGUGUUACAAAAUAACAGAGCUGGAAAGGAUAUUUAAGAUGACCUGAUUCAGCCCCUUUCAUUUUGUCAUGGGGCUUCUGAUGUCCAGAAUUUGAGUGUAUUCAGGAUCACAUGGUGCAAGAUGGCAACUAGAACCUAGAUCCCUUGGCUCCCAGUUGAAUGCAGUUUAUCCCAAUUGUAAAUUAAAAUAUUUCCACAGCA